AUGACAAUUCCUAUCAGCACUAUCACCACGUUCCGCGCAACCUUCAAUCCCUUCUCCCACGCUGCCCGGCCGUGCCGAGUCUUCCUCUCGCUCCUGCGCACUCCUAGCACUACCGGAACCACUGCCCCAAUCGAUAUCAAGGUCACACAGCUGCCGCGAACAUCGACACAGCCACCCGUCAUGACUAUCGGGUUCAAGGGUGGAAAGGAGCUGACCUUGGAAGUCGGCAAACGCGGAUUGAAAAUUGGCGAUGUUGUCGAGGAAGUGUCACGUAUUGGACGGGCGUUGGAACGUGAGGCUAGUCUGAAGUCUUGA